AUGGGACAAAAAAUAAAUCCACUUGGUUUCAGACUUGGUACAACCCAAGAUCAUUAUUCUCUUUGGUUUGCACAACCAAAAAAUUUUUUUGAGGGUCUGCAAGAAGAUCAAAAAAUAAGAAAUUGUAUCAAAAAUUAUGUACAAAAAAAUAUGAAAAUUUCUUCUGGUGUUGAAGGAAUUGGACAUAUAGAGAUUCAAAAACGAAUCGAUGUGAUUCAAGUUAUAAUCUAUUUAGGAUUCCCAAAAUUUUUAACAGAAGGUAAACCUAAAAGGAUCAAAGAAUUACAGAUAAAUGUACAAAAAGAACUUAAUUGUAUGAACCGAAAACUCAACAUUUCUAUUACAAGAAUUGAAAACCCUUACAUGCACCCGAAUGUUCUUGCAGAAUUUAUAGCCGGACAAUUAAAGAAUCGAGUUUCAUUUCGCAAAGCAAUGAAAAAGGCUAUUGAAUUAACUGAGCAGAGCAAUACAAAAGGAAUUCAAGUACAAAUUGCAGGGCGUCUUGAUGGAAAAGAAAUUGCACGCGCCGAAUGGGUUAGAGAGGGCAGGGUUCCUCUACAAACUCUUCGAGCUAAAAUUAAUUAUUGUUCUUAUACAGUUAGAACUAUUUAUGGGGUCUUAGGUAUAAAAAUUUGGAUAUUUGUAGACGAGGAAUAG